CUGUCAUCUUGCUCAAAACAAAAUCGUAAAAGAAACAACAAAGCCCAUUCACGGUCAAAGUCUUUCCACAAAGUUCGUGGUCGUUUCGCAUCCUUCUGUCUGCCUUUUGCUGUCGCUGGUAGGCUCAACCAGCACGACGCGCGUGGUGCCCGGACAAAAUGUAUCAACCGUAUCUGCAGCAAGCCGUACAAUCCCUGCAGACACUUAGCUCGGACGAGCUGAGGCAGCUGCUGGAGGACGACGAGAAGCUAGACGAGCGAGUAAAUGAAGCGGUCCAAUCGUUGGAAUCGUCGAAAGAUUUGAUUAUUGGCGAAAACCGUAGUCUCGCAGAGACAAACUUGAAUUUUGAACCAAAGAUGGUCGAGCUGCGUUCACGCGUGCAGGAGCUGGCCGAGGAAUGUCGCACACUGGGCGAAUCGGUGAAGGAGAAGUCCACACAGCUCGCUUCAAAGUCCGAAAAGAACAAUGCUGAAACGGUGCUCGCUCUACUGCAGACAGCAGCGGCGGAAAGCGAAGAGGAGUCGGAAAAGAUCGUGAAACAGCUGCUCGAUAGCGAGUUGACAGUCGACGCGUAUGUGGAGCAGUUUAUGAGCAUUCGUAAGCUGAUGCACAGCAGAAAGCUGAAGGCGGAGAAGAUGACGGAAUUGCUGCGAAGCAACAGACACACCACUCAAAGAUUUGAUGCGGGAUACGGUCCCUCCUCGAUGCCAUACCCAGCGUCGGAGCCUGCCCGUCCCGGUAGUUUCUACGUACCGCCGGGCAUGGCGGCUCCGAGCACCGCAGUGCCCUACCCGGUGGGGCCAUCCUCGAUGCCGAUGCCGAUGGCUAUGUUUCGGCCUCCCCAAUUCUAAGGCAAAGUACGACGUGGAUGUGGAUGUGUGUAUGCCUUUACUACAGAGAAGCUGCCUCUACCGCGAUGGGUGCAGUAAAAACUUCGUUGGCUCGACUGGAGGAGCACAUCUGCUGCCGCGGGGCUGGUGAGCCAUCGAACAAAAUGCUUUACAGAUUGUUCUAAACGCUCAACGAAGAUUAGGGCCAUACAAGCUAGGUACGGAUAGGUUUCCACUGUGACACUGCAGAGUUUAAUUUGUUAAGUUAAAACGAUAGAAAUGUGCAGAUAUGACCGAUUUGAAGCGAACGUUUCAGCGCCUGCCAAACAGGCUGACCUUUGUGUGCGUAAAAUAAAUAUAUAUACUACAAAGUUUAAUCAAACAGCA